CCCGAAAAGAAUAGAGAGGAAAUAAUUUCCAGUGGUGGGUUGACGUGCGACUCUGUCGAAAUCCCAAAGCAAAACAACAAGAGAAACCCAUCGAUUGCCCCGCUCCACUUCCCCCAGCGAUCUCCCUCCCCUCCUCUUCGGCAGAUCUCGCUCCCUCCACCCCUUCCCCCUUCCCCCUUCCCACCUUCGACGCCGUUUUGUUGCAGGGAGAAGGGAGAAAACAAGUGGCGUUUGGACCAAAAAAAGAGGCGACUCUUUUGAGCGAUAAAGCUUGAAGUAACUAUUGGAAUUGGAUGGCUACAAUUGAUGAGCCACUGUAUCCAAUUGCAAUACUGAUAGAUGAAUUGAAGAAUGAAGACAUUCAGCUGCGGUUAAACUCUAUCCGUAGGCUUUCUACCAUUGCACGUGCACUUGGUGAAGAAAGGACCAGAAAAGAACUAAUUCCAUUUUUGAGCGAAAACAAUGAUGAUGAUGAUGAAGUUCUUCUUGCAAUGGCCGAAGAGUUGGGUGUUUUUAUUCCAUAUGUUGGUGGCGUGGAACAUGCUCAUGUUUUGCUUCCACCUCUUGAAACAUUGUGCACCGUAGAAGAAACUUGUGUUAGGGACAAAGCAGUGGAAUCAUUGUGUCGAAUUGGAGCACAAAUGAAGGAAAGUGAUUUAGUAGACUGGUUUGUUCCAUUAGUGAAGAGACUAGCGGCUGGUGAGUGGUUCACUGCUCGAGUUUCCUCAUGUGGUCUCUUUCAUGUUGCUUACCCAAGUUCUCCAGAUCAGCUGAAGGCAGAAUUAAGGUCCAUAUAUGCGCAGAUGUGCCAAGAUGACACACCUAUGGUUAGAAGGGCUGCUGCAUCAAAUCUUGGAAAAUUUGCAGCUACCAUAGAACAACACCAUUUGAAGACAGACAUUAUGUCAAUGUUUGAGGAUCUAACGCAAGACGAUCAAGAUUCUGUGCGCUUAUUAGCUGUUGAGGGUUGUGCAGCACUUGGGAAAUUGCUGGAACCACAGGACUGUAUAGCUUCUAUCCUUCCAGUAAUUGUUAACUUCUCACAGGAUAAAUCUUGGCGUGUCCGCUAUAUGGUUGCAAAUCAAUUGUAUGAGCUUUGUGAAGCUGUUGGCCCUGAAGCUACAAGGGCUGAUUUGAUGCCUGCAUACGUUCGGCUUCUUCGUGACAACGAAGCUGAAGUACGCAUUGCCGCUGCUGGCAAGGUGACAAAAUUUUGCCGGAUUCUGAGUCCACAACUUGCAAUCCAGCAUAUUCUCCCAUGUGUAAAGGAAUUAUCGACAGAUUCAUCACAGCAUGUUCGCUCAGCUUUAGCUUCCGUGAUCAUGGGCAUGGCACCUAUCUUGGGAAAGGAUGCAACCAUUGAACAACUUCUUCCCAUUUUCCUUUCCCUGCUAAAAGAUGAGUUUCCAGAUGUUCGACUGAAUAUAAUCAGCAAACUUGAUCAAGUAAAUCAGGUUAUUGGUAUUGACUUGUUGUCCCAAUCUCUGUUACCGGCAAUUGUGGAGCUUGCAGAGGAUAGACAUUGGCGAGUCCGCCUUGCCAUAAUUGAGUACAUUCCUUUGUUGGCAAGUCAGUUAGGUGUUGGAUUUUUCGAUGAUAAGCUUGGUGCUCUGUGCAUGCAGUGGUUGGAAGAUAAGGUUUUUUCAAUUAGAGAGGCAGCUGCUACUAACUUGAAACGUCUCGCAGAAGAAUUUGGCCCAGAAUGGGCAAUGCAGCACAUAGUUCCAGAGGUGCUUGAGAAGAUAAAUAAUCCACAUUAUUUGUAUCGUAUGACUGUUCUACGUGCAAUCUCUCUUCUUGCCCCUGUCAUGGGUGCCGAUAUCACAUGCCAGAAGCUAUUGCCUGUAGUGAUUGCUUCAUCCAAGGACAGAUCACUUAACUCAUACAGAGUGCCCAAUAUCAAAUUCAAUGUCGCAAAGGUUCUGCAGUCCCUUAUUUCCGUACUUGACCAAUCUGUGGUGGACAAGACCAUUAGACCUUGUCUGGUUGAGCUCAGUGAGGACCCAGAUGUGGAUGUCAGGUAUUUUGCUGGCCAAGCGCUACAGGCAUGUGAUCAAGUUAUGAUGUCAAGCUAGUGAAUGUUUUGUGUUUAUGGUGUCCAUCUCCAAAACUUGAUGCUUUACCACGAUGUGUGACAUCUGAAAGGUGGUAGACUUUCAGCUUUCCUCUGGGACCUGUAAUUGAUGUGUGAAGCUUACAAAAAGAAAAAAACUAAUUUUUCUC